GAGAAAAUGGCGACUCGAACGUAACGAGCGAUGUUCCCGAACACUUUUCCUAUGUGAUCGUUUUGGACAAUGACAACGAGACUCUCGUAAGUUCGAAACGCCGUCGUUCCGUUCGUUUUUCUUUGUGAAUUCUCGAUAUCUCGUGAAACAAACGGAAGUUAUCUCGAAGCUUCGCAGAGAUCUGCCUGUCAUCUGCCAAAUACGUCGAAGUAUCAGAAGUAACUUGAAAGUGAAACUACAGGCGACGUUCGCAUUGGAAGCAAAAUGAAGCUCGCAGCAGUCCUUCUGCUAGCCUUCAUUUCAGCUGUCGUUUCUUCACCCAGCAGCACUCCGUCUGCCAAAAUCGACGAGAUUCGUCUCAUCGAAUCAUCGUCACGCAAGGCCCCGACUCUCGGGAAGGAUGAAUCUUAUUCAACCUCGCCAGCAGCAGUUGCUCGAUCGUCAGACGAAACCGCGUCUCGUGCGAACGAGAGGUUAACGUCGAAAUCGCAGCUGCACGAUGAUCCACUUCUGUCGGAUCAUGCGAAACCCAUCUUAAACCCCAAGGAGCUGCUCCUGCAAGAAAUCCACACUUUGGAUGAAGAAUUCCCUAACGAAAAGACUCAAGAAGAAGUCGCGAGGACGUUGAAGGCGGAAGCUCGAAGGAUCAGGCCACUGAUCGCAUCGUCGAGCGCCAGACCGUCAUCCGCGAACGUAAUCGACGAUAUUAUCUCAACCACGGAGGACAGUGUCAUAAAGAAGCUGCUGGAAGCCGAGGAUGCCCCCUACGAAGAUGACUUGAACGAGGACGAAGAGGACGAGAGCGACAGCGACAGCAACAGCGACUACGACGACGAGAUCAACGAUGACGAGGAAGUGAUGACCCAGUGCCCAGACUACUGCAGAUGCGCUGGAGAGUACGCAGCUGUGACAACUGCAACAUGUACCAAGCUCGUGGACGAGCAAUCAUUCAGCACUGGCAUUGCCCAUUUGCGACUGGACAAUGCCGAACAAAUCAGUCUGGGCCCCCAUGCGCUCCGAUCCCGAGGUCUUCAGCGCCUGGAGUCCAUCACCAUCACCGACACGAAGAUCGUCGAGUUGAACCAAACCGCUUUCAACGACGUUACGUACCUAUUCGCUGUCAACUUGACGCGCAACGGCCUCCAAGAGAUCCCGCAGCACAUUUUCCAAAACAACACCCAGCUGAACUUGCUCGCCAUCUCUGGGAACCCCCUGAAGCACACGCAGGACUCCAAAACGGCGAAGCACGGUUUAUUCGACGCCCCGUCCGUCACCGAGUUUUACUUCACCUCCAAUGGCCUGACGAAGCUAAAACGCACAGCGUUCGCCAGAAUGCCGAGUCUUAUCUACGUGAACCUGAAGAACAACAAGCUGAGGGAAAUCGACGCGGCGGCUUUCAGAGGAUUGGAAUCGUUGGAAGAGGUGGAUCUUUCCAAUAACUUCCUGACUGAGAUUUCCGUGGAUAUGUUUUACAAGAACGGGCUGCAGACUCUUCGUGUCGCUGGUAACAAUUUGACCACCCUGAGCACCAUACAAGCCCCGAAACUGCAAGCACUGGACGCGUCCAGGAACAAGAUCAAAGUAAUCGCGAAAGACGAUCUGUCUGGCAUGCCACUGCUGGAUCAACUGGUAGUCGCCUCCAACGGUCUGAAGAAGAUCCACCAGCACGCAUUUGCCGACUUGGAUCAGCUCACCCACCUCGACGUCAGCGACAACAAGUUAACUUCUUGGUCGGAGCAUCACUUGAGAACGAAUCCAAGACUGCAAGUUUUGUUAAUGAGCGACAACCCCGAACUAGAAACGUUGCCAAUUUUCAAGACUAUCGAUACCAUCGAGUACGAAACCUUCAGCAUCUAUCGUUUCGAGUGCGCAAAUUGCGGCUUGGAUUACCUAGAGAACGACACGUUCAAGGCCAUGCCAGCGAUCACGUGGCUGAAUCUUUCAAGGAAUCGUCUAACUGGUCUGCCAGCUGGACUCCUGAAGGGCCUCUCUUCUCUGCGAGUUCUCGAUCUUUCCGAUAACAUUAUCAACACCUUGGAGAACAACAUGUUCGUUGGCGCUACCAAUCUGGUGAAACUCAGCCUCGCUGGUAAUCCAUUGGUCACGUUACAAGUCUCCCCGUUCCUGUCGGCUCCUGGCCUUACCAAACUCGACGUGAGCAGAUGCGAGUUGGAGAGGGUUUGGAGCGAAGCUAGAAUCCCGUUGACCAGUUUGCGGACCCUCUCUGUUCGCGAGAACUAUCUUCAACGAAUCACCGUGGAGGAAUUGAAAGCAACGCCAAAACUUGUCAACCUAGACUUGUCGCAUAAUCCUCUGAACUGCGAUAGCGAAUUCAACGAGGCUAUACAAUGGCUCACCGACCGCGGUGUAUCUCCAAUGGAAACCUCGAGACACGUUAAUAACUACGGUAACAACAACAACGACCACGAUACCGACGGCGUCAGCCAGUGGACCGAUCUGGCGAAAAUAGUCUGCGAAGGCAUCAACGAUGGACCACCAGACAGAUCGAUUCGUCCGAAACAAAAGAACAUCCUCGACGGACUCUACACCUCCGAAGACUCUGAUCCUCUAUUAAGACCCGAUUAUGGCGAAAACGAGAAUCCAUUCCCUCUGGAAAUCGAUCACGGCAUAAAAUCGAACGAAGAGAUCGAAAAAGCCCUGACAGCCCAAGACCAUGAAUACGAAGAUUUCAUCGUCGCGACUAACAUGGAGUACCAGCCGUGGUAUACCAGCGCUGUUUGGCCCGUGAUAAUCGUGAUCAUCAUAAUGUUAAUGCUCCUCAUGUUGAUGGUCCACAUCGGUAUCUACUUGGCGAGACGAAAAGGUCGUAGCCCUGUAAUCAGGCCGCCCAUGAUACUACGUCCUGGACGACUGGACAACAAGAACUGCGGUUUGGUCUACAAGCCUCUUCAGGAAGAAAUCGCCACUCCCCACGCCCCGAAGAGGGGUAGCUUUUAUUCCAGCAGCACAUUCCACUACGAUAAAAUCGUUCCAGAGAGCGUUUAGAGCGCGCUGUAGUUACAAGUGCCUGACGGUAGACUCUAUUCUAUCUUAUAAGGGCAUUGAUAACAAGGGGUGGGGGGGGGAAUUGUCGAAGAGAUAUUUUGUAUAAAUUGGCAGGCUGAGCGGUCCACGGAAAUGACCGACACAAAUUUUACUAUAAACUUUGCCAACUCAAACUUUGGCGUUACAAUUACGUGAAUAUUUGUAUAAUUGCAAUGAUUCCUUCGUUGGAUUCGCCAUUGCCAACUCGAAUACAUGUUUGCCUUAAAAGUGUGGCCACGCGUCAAGGGGUUAACUAGCGAUCCGCUUUCGUUAAAAAGAAAACUCGAUUUUUAAAAAAAGCCAGGCAAGAGCGUAAGAUUUUUAUAGCGGUGAAAUAUACUUAAAUGAUGAAUCGUAACGAUGAGUAGGUAGUUUCUUUUUCAAAUGUAAUUAAAAGAGCAUCAUGGGAAUCGGGCUGCUUUGCGUAUUAUUUUAUCUGCAAGAUUUAAUUAAUCAUUUUUAACAGUGUCUUGAGAAUAGAGACGGAAAUUACAAAACUUUCUCUGCGAAAUUCGUUCUGGUGGGCAGUCCAGUUUUUUUUUUGGAAAAGAACGGGAACGGAUUCACAAUAAUUUAAUCGUAUUUGUAUAUUUAAUUAAUGAUACAUAAUUAUAUACCUCUAUUGUAAUGUUGUUUUUUUGGGGGGGGGAGACGAUAGUAGGAUUAUUAUUCCGGAUACGAGAUACGUAAAAAAUUCUAAACAGGGUUUGAAAAGUAGACAAAAAUAUAUGUAUACAUAUAUUUCCACUCGUGUGUGUGUGUAUAUAUAUAUAUGUUUUCAUAUGAAUUAUAAUGUAAGACUUGCGACUUCUAAUUGCAGUGAUUAAGUUCCAUGAUGAUACAAGUAUUUACGAAUAAAUACCGCAUAUAGUACUAAGGAAACUAACGUCUCAUAGUAUGUUUAUAUUAUUCUACAUGCUGUAAAUAAUGUAUAACGUUUUAAUAAAAUUUUGACUAUAAUAAGA